UUUUCAGACAACACCCCUCCUUCAUUCAGCGACACUUGUCCAAAUAACAUGGUGUUUUAUGCUCCUAAAUGUUCUUCCAGCGCAGUGGUCACCUGGAAUGAGCCAAUAGCAAAAGAUAACUCUGGUCACGUGACCAUCAGCUACCCAGCAAUACGGCCUUCAGCCAAUCUAAGUAUUGGUCUGUACAAUGUGCGUUACUCAGCAGCGGACGCAGAAGGAAACAGGGCGAACUGUAGCUUCAUUGUACAAGUGUCAAGUAAAUACGUCACAUCCUUUUGUCAAAGAAUUUUAAGUACAUCAAAUUUAUGUGCAGAACUUUUUGUUUUUACUCUACGUGAACGUGAGUCAGUUUUCAGGGGAGUAAAUGGAAUGUGCUAGUUGUAACGUCUAGAGGGAUAACACUCAGUAAGAACUCCAACAACGGCGACACUCAACUCGAAGCUAACAUCUUUAAUCACAAAAUUCCACGUGCUUACACACGACUUAGCUUAUAUAAGAUGCUCAGAAUACUUCGUGUAAGAUAAUACAAAAUACACUUCAUGUAAGCAAUACGUGACAUCCCCGUUUAAAAGAUCACAGGUCAAAAUUAUAUAUUGAUUUAUUCUACUUUAAAUUCAGUUCAUUCUUUUCUCAUUGUUUUUUGCUAGAAUGUAGUCAUCGACCACAGUGAAAACCACGUUUGUUGGGAUGACUAAGGAAAUCGGCCCCCGUCUGCUUCAUCUGAAAUCUGAUUGGCAGAGAGCACUGAAUACCACCGCAGGGAUAAAUUAAAUGUUAUUUACUAUCAAAUCUUCAUUUCUCAUAGGAAAGUCUUGCCCAGCCCUCUAUUCACCAAUAAAUGGCUCCAUACUAUCUCAAUCGUGUGGAUCGCUAUUUGGUUCCCAAGCCACCUUCGCCUGUAACAAGGGCCAUCGACUGUCUGGGUCACGUGUUCGUUCAUGCCAAGAAGAUGGAGCGUGGUCUGGCAGAAACACCUCAUGCAGC